AUUGAUAUUGUCAGGAGAAAAGAUAUGUUGAUCACCUCAAUUUACUAUUCGCAGGCUAUUUUGGACGCACCCGAGCAACAGCUUACCUUAAACGAGAUCUACUCCUGGUUUAUUCACAAGUUUGCUUACUUCAGGAGAAACGCGGCCACAUGGAAGAACGCUGUACGCCAUAACUUGUCUCUUCACAAAUGUUUUGUGAGGAAAGAGAACGUGAAGGGAGCUGUGUGGAUUGUGGACGAAGACGAGUACAUGAAACGACGGCCCCAGUCGAAGGUCAUCCAUAGCACCUCCAGGAUGAUGAAACAGGAACGAGACCGCCUGAUGCAACAAGGAGCCUUAGGGGGACUCCCCACACAGGUAAACCUGCUUCCUGUAGCGGCUUCCAAUUCCAAUACACCCAGUGAGGAUGAAGGCUCUGGACAGGAUGACAUCCGCAAAAGGGGUUCGGAGUCGGACACUGGGGACGAAAUGCCGGCCCAAAAGCGCCGAACUCUGAGAGACGGAGAGGAGGUGGAGGGCGUGGUCAGUGGUAUCACUAAACUGGUGGAGUUUUGCUCUAAAGAUAUCAAUAGCCAACUCUCUCAGUCUCAAGUACAAGUUAAGCUAGAGCCUCCAGAAGACGGACCAAUCAUAGCGCUGAACGGUGACAGUGAGCCUGGAGACGACCAUUACGAUUCUACAGGCGUGAACGGAGACAGCUUCAUGGAGACUGGGGUGAGCGAGGAUGAAGUUAGGCAGUGGUAAGAUGUAUUAGCAGUUGGUGACUGUUAGUCGCAAGCCCAUCAGUCGCUGUCUGUGGAAGAGGGGUGGGGGAAAUGGUAGUUUAGGGCAAAGUUUCUUUUCCUGGGAGUGAUUGAGUCCGUGAUGUUCGUCCUGGAGUUCUGUGGUUUCGUCGUGCCAAGCUGGCAUGACGCAAGUGAUUAAUGGUUAACUGCACAGUCACACGAGCCUUCUUGUCUUUACUCACCCAGUUCAUAACUAGUGUACAGAUGGUAGGCACAUGUAACAUGACUGUGAUGUUAUAUAGAGUCGUAAAAUCUCAUGGACUGAAGAGUAUAGAUACACAAAUGAUGAAUUAUAAACAAUGGUAUUUACUAUAACUAUACACGGCCAAAUGAAACAGAUAAUGAUACCGUGCUGAUGAUGGUGACGGUGACGAUGACGACGACGAUA